AGUGAAGCAUUUGACAAAUUAACAUGUAUCUUGAGUCCACGCCUUAGAUUUCCAGUUUAAAUCAUGCUUGGAAAGUUGUGUUGGCUCUUUCGUGACGGUCCUAUUGCAUGUAUGGAGGGAGCCACAUCUAGUUUGUUACAUUCUGACAGUCCUGAGCCACUGCAGGGAGCUCAGCAGGCCUCAGGGCCUCAACCGCCAGCCCCAGGACCCUCAGGAGCUCCAUGUCCUGGGGUGCAGCACCAGCAGCAUCACAAACCCUUCUUCUACAUACAACCUCCACAGCCAUAUCUGCCCAUGCAGAGUCUGCAGUGGCCUGUGCCCAUGCCCAUGCCCUUGUCCUACAACCCAUACUUUGGCUACCCUGGUGUAGGUUUUGGCAUGCCAAUGAUGCCUCAUUAUCAGCCAAACCCCUACAUAUCUCCACCGGGCUUUGUAGUGCCCCAUUCCCACCUCCAUCUGAAGGACUACAGACGCAUGCUCAACCCCCAGCAUUACCAGACCAUGACCCACCACUCCCGCAGGUUCCACUACCAGCACAAAGGCCCCACCAGAGAAAUGAUCAACUCUGAGGUUCAAACUGAGCCAGUCUCAGCCACCCAGAGGAACGACACUGCAAGUUCCAGUAACGUUGCGUCCUCUGGUGUUCUCCCAGUCUGCCACAGCGAUAGCCCCAGUGUUCCCACCAGUCCAGUGCUCUCACCAGCCUUGGCUGUGCAGAAGGGGGAUCAUUUGGUAGAGCUCAAGAACAUGGUGCCCUCUUCCAUUACUGGGAGGCCACCAAAUGGCAGCUUUGUCAUUCAGACUGAGGAGAUGAGGAUUGAAUGCUGCGCGUCACCAGUGGUGAUGCAGCUCAUGCACUCUCAUGAGACUGCAGAAGUGUCUCGCAAGUUUUCCCGAAAUGUGGUUCAGUGUAGCUCCAUUCUACAGGGCCGUGUGCUGCAGGAUGAGGGACUGUGCCUUCCUGCAGAUCAGUGGGGGCAGACACUCCCAGCUUGUCCUGACAUCCUGUUGGCUGGGACAGCCAGCACUGGUGAGACGAUCCCUGCGCCGGAGCAGUCCAGUAACCAGACCGACCCUAUGACUGAUUUAGUUAAUGGUGAUUUUGUGGAGAUGAGUGAAGAUCAAAGUAUGACUUCCAAGAGUUUUGACCUGAACUUUGACCCCAAACACCUGGAUGUUUGGUCCAUAGCAGAAACUUUGAGUCCCUCUCCUGAAUUGCUGUUUCAAAGUGGCUUCACAGAGACGCAUGAUGAAACCUUUGCUGAUGUGCUGUCAGAGAAGAGGGAGGCCCCUUCAGAAGAGUUUGCAGCUAUGAUUGAGAUGCCACCUCUGGCGGAGGAUAAACUGGAGGACAUGGUCCCCUCUGUGGAGGGUGUUGGAGAUGAGAAGGUGCCCACAGCUGAUAUCUGCCCUCUGGAUGUCACAGAGGAAACUCCUAUGAUCAAGUUAACAUGCACAGCAGGGCUGCAUCUUUCACAUAAUUUGCUCUCGCUGGAUAAUUCCCGUCUUAAGGGAGAUAAAAACCAACACAAACGAGAAACAAAUGUCCAGGACACUUCUUUCGAGUCCUUGCCUGCCUACCUCCCCUCAACCAGCAAUCUAGAGUACCCCGAUCAUGUCCACUACUGUAGCAAGAUGCCACCGCCUGCCAAGAAGCAGAGCAAACCUCUGGGCAACCUUGGUUUAGAUUUGCCUACCAAAAGAAAACUAGACCUAGAGGACAAAAACCAGCCUACCACCGGUAAGCCCAAAGUGAGGUACAAACCUAAAGGCAAGGUGGAUCGACAAAGCCUCUCUGACCAUGAAUGCUGCCUCAGCAGAGGUUUCAGUGAAAAUACAUUCAAGCCUUAUGUGUCCAAGAUGGAGAGACUCUGCUCAAGAUGUCUGGAAAAACAUAGGAUCUGCACAUCUGCCAGUCCUGGACUUGGUGGUCUGAGCUUAAAAAGAAAAGCUGUUCCAUUCCAACAGUGGAAUGAUGCACUCUUACCAACAUGUGACUCCUGCAAAUCUCACAACAAGAGACGACAGAUGAGCCGAGGUUCUAAUCCUGAUGUUUGUGGUUCUCCGUAUGGGCUCGACACUGAGGGAGAAUCUUCUGAAAACAGCUCGGGUCACGUGGGAAAGAAAUGGAGGACAGCUGAUGAUCCAAGGAAGCUUUCAGGCCCCAAGAGGCCCCUGGCCCUGAAGCAGAACCUGGAGAAGUUUCCUACAGGGACGUACUCAAAGCUGAGGGAGAAGAACUGGGUGUAUAAUAAGUUACCGCAUCAGCCUGUUGCGUGGGAAAGGCUGCUUCACUGUCCCCAUGGCAACACCAUUCAAGAAAUGGAUGAAAACUGUGCUGUGCCCAUUUCCUUCCAUGACAAUCGGAAAAACUCAAAUCAGAUUUUCCUUGCACACAAAUGGCCAACUGAGAAAUCAUUGAAAGCAGUGAUGCUUAACCCCGACACUGAAGGCUCCAGCAAUGAAGCCAGAUCACAGCACCUGAACAAGCACAAGAACUCACAAUCACAAGACACACAAACAUUGGCAGGAAACUCUCAGGAACCUGUAGAAAAGACACAAGAUGGUGAUUUGCACAUAAGCACAAUUCACAAGUGAAAGCACUUUUUAAAUGACCACAAAUGUGUAUGUAACUUAAAAUGUUCACUUGAUUUUAUAAUCACUGUUCACAUGUAAUUAUUUAAAUAAACAUCUUUAUAUUAGCUUUGUCUUGUUUGCACCUGCACUGGUUUGUCAUGCUUGAGCAAUAAAGAGCUGCUGUAACUGUUG